CGGGGUGAGGAGAGGUGUGUUCGCGCCCUCCUGUGUUGGAUUCGUGCUUCAUCGUAGCAAAGUGCUGUGAAAAGUGUCGUGAUCGUAAACAACCGCCAGGAGAAUAUUACCAUGACGUGUUACCUGAAGGAAGACGUGUCCUAAGUGAAACGUAUCCACUGUGCGAGUGAAUAUUACCUGUGGCUUGGAGACGCACGGCGCUUACCUGUCCCGCGGACAAAAUGGGGGAGGACUCGGGCAGCCGGCGGGUUCAGGAGAGGGAGAACCUGAGGCAUAUCAUACAGCAGUGGAACGCCAAUAGACUCGACCUGUUUGAGAUCUCCGAGCCCAAUGAGGAUCUGGAGUUCCACGGGGUGAUGCGCUUCUAUUUUCAAGACUCCGGGCAGAAGGUGGCCACCAAGUGCAUCCGCGUCGGCAGCACGGCAACGGCGCGCUACGUGAUCGAGACCCUGGUGGAGAAGUUUAGGCCAGACAUGCGCAUGCUUUCCAUCCCAGAGUAUGCCUUGUACGAGAUCCACGAGAACGGAGAUGAGAGGCGGCUGGCUGAGGAUGAGAAGCCACUCUUGGUGCAGCUCAACUGGAAUAAGGAUGACCGUGAGGGCCGCUUCUUACUGCGCAGGAUGGAUCUCUACAAUUCCAUUGGCUCUUUGCACCAUCACUUUUCUUCCUUUGCACAGAGUAACCACUCAAUGGUGCACACACUGCCUCCACACCCAACCACACCAGUGCCUUCCAAGGAACAGCCAUUCCAGCGUAAACUCUCCAAGCGGGAAAAGAAGGAACUCAAGAAACAGGAGAAGCUGAGGCGGGCCAAUGAAGCCAAUGAGAAUGACAGCUCAGUGGCAGAAAAACUGUACACAGAACUCCCAGAGACCAGUUUCACACGCAGCAUCAGCAACCCUGAAGCGGUGAUGAGACGCAGGCGAGCACAGAAGCUAGAAAAGAAACUGCAGCAGUUCAGGAGUAAGGAUGGAGGGCCAGACACUGGAGGCACUCUCAAGAUUUAUGGUGAAUCUCUACGACCAGAUGUGCCUUACAAGACUCUCCUGCUGUCUGUUCGAGACAAUGCUCUCACAGUGGUUAGGGAAAUGUUGGACAAGUAUGGCCUCCACAGGGAGGAUCCUGCCAACUACUGUCUCAUGCAGACUGUGAUAGGCAAUGACGAUGGCUAUGGGAGAGCCAUGUCCCCACAGAAGGAGUACAUCUUGGAUGACGAUGAGUGUCCCUUGGCCAUCCUCAUGAAUCAUCCACCAUCCAGAGGGUCCAUCAUGUUCCAUGUGCGGCGCCGUCCAGCAGACCAUGGGCCGCGCAAACGUAAGAAGAAGCCUGUGAAGGGUGCCGGUGGUGGUCAUGGCGGUGACCACGACCAUCACCGCCCGCGGGAUCCUCACUUCCUACCUGACAGGCUGCCCUUCCUCAUCGAACUGGGCCCAGACGGGUCGGAGCUGGCCGGCACUGGGCGACACCACCAGCUGCACCUCAACGUGACGGAGGUGGGUACGGACCGCAGCACACACACCGGGGGACAGUCCUUGCAGCUGUUCGGGCCCUCCAUCCAGCCCCGCCAUUGCGUUAUCGCCCACACAGAGGGCAUCGUUACCGUGACGCCUUGUUCCCGGGACGCUGACACCUUCGUCAACGGUCAGCGCAUCUAUGAGACCACCAUCCUGCAGCAUGGAUGCAUCGUGAGGUUUGGCCGCAUCUACAACUUCCGCUUCCUGGACCCCCUGCAGGAUGACCGCAUGAGGCAGCACCAUCUCAUAGACAGGUCGGGACAAGAGAAGGCUUCCACUGGGGCUCCUGGGGACAAGCAGGAGUCUGGGGGGGACAGCGUGUCGCAUGCCGGGUCACAAGCCGGGUCACUGGCUGGCUCACAGGCUGGUUCACGCAACUCUAAGUCCUCAGCACAGGAACGUCCCAGCAGGAAUGAACAGAGUUUUGAGGGGAGAGGCAACUAUGAGCGCUAUCCCCCCCCAAGGGACCCGAUCCUCCCCGCUGUACUGGAGUUCAGGGAGGAGAGUGAAGAUGGCUUCCUGCAUGCCAUCACCACUGAUCUGGACCCUACAGACAUUCAGUUCAAGCUGGCACCGACCUACACUCUGUACAUGGCAGCCAGGUUCAGGGCAUCAACACACUACCGGCCAGACCUGAGCCCCACUGAACGUGCUCACCGCCUCACAGAGAUGCUGACCAAGGUGGCCGCCAUGGUGCAGAAUGUGAUCCAUUCUCGGUACGGAGAUCCCACGUCCCUUGCCUUCUGGAUGGCCAAUGCCUCAGAGCUGCUGCACUUCCUGAAGCAAGACAGGCACAUCUGUGGCUACUCCAGCGACGCUCAAGACAUUCUGGCGGAGGCAGUUCAAGUUGCCUUCAGGAGCUUGGUGGACUGCAUGCAGGCAGAACUCUCCACAUCGCUGCCAAUGUUCCUGGAGGACCGGGAUGACAUCAAUGAGGAGGAAGGAUCAACAGCUCAUGUGCUGUCCAUCCUGACCAACACCAUGGCUUUGCUGCGCCGGUGCAGAGUCAAUGCAGCACUCACCAUCCAGCUCUUCUCACAACUCUUCCACUUCAUCAACAUGUGGGUCUUCAACCGCAUUGUGGUGGACUCUCAUCCAAACUACUGCACUCGGGUGUGGGGUGUGAGGCUGAAGCGCCGGCUGGCCCGCAUUGAGCUGUGGGCUGAGAAACAGGGGCUAGAGCUGGCAGCAGACUGCCACCUGGCCAGACUCUCCCAGGCUGCCAUGUUACUUCACUCACAAAAGUCUGCCCCUGAUGACAUUGCCACCAUCUCCUCCACCUGUUUCAAGCUCAACUCCCUGCAGCUGCGGGCAUUGCUGGAGAAGUACCAACCCACACCGGAUGAGCCAAAGAUUCCUCAGGACCUCAUAGACAAUGUGGUGGCCGUGGCUGAGAGUACUGCCGAUGGCCUGGCCAGGGAGGAUGGCCGUGAAGUUCGUCUAGAAGAAGAAACAGACCUACAACUUCCCUUCCUGCUCCCAGAGGACGGUUACUCCUGUGACAUUGUUAGGGGCGUUCCCUCAGGGCUGGCUGAGUUCCUCAACCCACUGCAGCAUGGCGGGCUGUGCAACAUGAACCCUCAGCCCACUUCCUCUGGCUACUGGACCAUCUACAUGCAUGAACAGGAUUCCCGCCCUCCACCUGGGCCUCGCAGCCCCAGCGUGAUGAGCAACCGGUCCAUGUCCAUCCCACGUGGUGAACCAGAGAUCCACGUCAUCCAGCUGCACAAGUCCAACAAUGGCAUGGGGCUGUCCAUCGUGGCCACCAAGGGCGUCAACCAAGACAAGCUGGGCAUCUACAUCAAGAGUGUCGUGCCAGGCGGAGCAGCGGACCAGGACGGGCGACUACAGGCGGGCGACCAGCUGUUGUCCGUGGAUGGCAAGUCGCUGAUCGGCAUAACGCAGGAGCGCGCAGCAGAGUACAUGAUGGAGACGGGCCCAGUGGUGACCCUGGAGGUUGCGCGCCAGGGAGCCAUCUACCACGGCCUGGCCACCAUCCUCUCCCAGCCCUCGCCACACGCAAACCGAGCAUCACUGCGGAAGACUCAACAGCGAGUGGAGGACGUCCCUCGCACCGCCAUGACUAACAGCCAUUCAACACCUAACAUGGGCGGCUACAACGAGCGGCUGGUGGACUGGAACCAGCCCCCACGCCAGCAUCCCAUUCCUCCCACCUCCUCCCACAGCUCCCUGAUGGCCAGGUCUAGCCCCAAUCUGGCAGCUCAACCAGAAGGUUACCCUGGUGGGCGGCACUUGAGUGAGCGAGACCUGCCAUCAAAAGUGCUGGAGCACGGCCAAGACACCCCUGCACCCUCACACCUCCACCAGGGCCCUCGCAUUCAAGCCUCCAAGUCGGUUCCUUCUCUCAAUAGUGAGGUUAAUAGCCACAUGGGUGGUAAGCCAGCAUCCUUGGAGGUUUUCAACCCUGCCUAUUCUCGCACGUCCUCCAACACUUCUCUCUCACAACCCUCCAACUCCCACCAUCUCCACCAUCAACACCAGCAGCAGCAGCAGCAGCAGCAGCAGCAGCAGCAACAACAACAACAACAACAACAACAACAGCAACAGCAACAGCAACAGCAGCAGCAGCAGCAGCCGCCGCCGCCAAUGCUCCCACAUCACCAUCAGUCUCACCAGCAGUAUCAUCCACCCCUCAGAUCCAGGUCAACACAAAACCUUAGUGAAGGGAACUACCAUGUUGGUGUGGGCCGUCAUCCAAGCAACCCCAGCCUGCUGGAGCGGACCCCUGGCUCAGCAGCAGAGGAGGAACGCUACUACCAGAACAUCACAUUCCACCAAGGGGCACAAGACCCCCGCAUGGGAUCUACUCGCACUCGCCCUGCUCAGCUGCUGCCCCUUGGCUCACCCACAGGCCAGCAGGCAGAACUGCCAGAGCAGACACGUCCUGAUGCACGGCCUGACCACCGCCCAGCUUCUGCCUUCCUCCAGCGUGAGGAGGUCCUCACUCACAGGCAAGACCUCCAGCGGCCAUCCUCCCAACGCGACCUGCGUGCCGAUGCCAAGAUGAUCGAAAUGACAGAGGAGGUGAGACGAAGAGAAGAACGGGCACGCCACAAUGGCCACCCACCCUCUGCCGGCCCUGUCCACCCUCUCCGCUCCACUCCUCACCAAUCGGCUCACCGGACCCCAGCCAACUUCCCUCACCAUAUGCCUCCUGGCCCAUAUUCUCCUGAGAACUAUCCAGGUGGACCACAGGGAUUCCAUGGACAACACCCUAACUAUCCACCUCAGACACAUCCACUCAGCCCCAUGGGUGGACACCAGCAGCCACCACACCAUGGCCACCCUCAGUAUAGUCCCCAUGGGCAAAGCUUGCCUGGCAAACUUCCUCCCCCUACAGCUCCAAAGCCCAAACCUCCCGGAGCCCCAGCCCCUGAAGCACCAGAGAAGCCCUUGCGUCAGUUUGGCUUUGAUGGAAAUACUCCUGAUGGGCCCCCAAGGCCACCUCCCCCAGAGGAUGGCUACAGGGACUCUCCUCCACCUCCACCACCUCCUACUUCAACUCAUCCUCUUUUGCAAGGGAGCCGGCCGGGCUCUAGUGUAGGAUUUGCUGGUCAGCUGUCCACAAAAUCAGCCUUUAACAAGACCAGUCCCUGGGAUAGGGAACAGAAAGAACUGCACGAACAGAGGCGACGUGAGGCAGCACGGCACUGGCGAGAUGAACAGAUCCAUUCCUUGGAAGGUUUGGAGGUGCGCACAUCCCAGCAGGAUGAGCGGCUUCGCACCUUGCGCCUGGAGAGGGAGUUCCAGCGACGUGCAGAGGAGGCACUCACCAAUGAGGAUGAGGAUGAGGAUGAUGAUGAAGAGGAGGAGCAUGAAGACAAAUAUGAUGAGGAAGAUGGUGAUAACAUAAGGGUUGGGAGAGAGGGAGAGCCAGUACCAGCCCACAGACGAGCUUCUGAGAGUGGCCGUGUCACAUCUGGCGGCACAUUGGAACCACGUAUGAAUGGAGGUGGUCCACCUGAUGAGGAGCGUGCCCGCAAGGUGGAUGAAAUUCGCAGAAAACAGCAAGAGCUGGAGGCCACCAAGGAGGCUGAGGAGCGGCUCCUGAGGGAAGCACAGAGGCGACAGCAGGAGGAACAGAUGCGUCGGUUCCAGCAGCAACAGCAGCAGGAACAGCUACAGCAACAGCAGCUGCAGCUGCAGCAGCAACAGCAGCAGCAGCAACAGCAAGGGGCAGUGCACCAUUACCAACACCAGCACCAUGCCAGUCAGCGCCUAGACUCCUUGGUGGCAGCACCACACAUUCCUCAGUACAGCAAUGGCCUACGUGGACCACAUGGCUUCCCUGAUCAGACUGGAGAAGGCAACCACCGUUAUGAUCCAAUGACUAGUCGUCCACAACACAGCCCUGUGCCACCAGAGAGAGGCUCCUCCUACUCUGUGAUGCAGCAGCAGCAGCAGCAGAGUAGCAUGACCCCUGCCUCUAACAAUCGCUUCAAAGGACCUGAUGGACCACCAGCCACUGUCAAACGUGUCCAGUUCUCAGAGACCACCAACACUGACACUCACAUUACCUAUGACAACAAUGCCAACCAGGAAAAGGUGCCUCGACAGGACCCAAAUCACCUCAGACGAGUCCUCCCUAAGAACUUUAUCAAUGAAGCUGAAACCAUGCUGAACUCGUCUCCUACACGUAAUGUCAGUGGGAGCACUCCUGGUGUGAUUGGAGCACAGGAGGUGUACAGGGAUCCCCGCAUGAAGAGGCUACAACAGAAACAAGCUGAGCAGGCAGCCGCCAAGAAUCCAGGACCCGAGAAACUCACAUUUAAGGAGAAAAUGAAGAUGUUUGCUAUGGAGACUGGAGAGGCAGAGACACCCAAGGACAAGGUGAAGAUUAGCCGUGCACAGAGAGAAAUUGACCAUUGAGGGCAAGACAGGAAGGGGGGAGCUUGAUGAAAAUGUUUCAGUUAAUUUGGUUGAUUUUGAAAAUGAGAUGUUACUCAGCCAAUCUUUUCUCAAAUACAUAUCAACACCAUAUAUAUAUAUAUAUAUA